AAUGCAACAUUCUUAAUUUUUUCUUGUCCAUUGGGUUUCUGCACAAUUAAUUUUCUCAAUUAUUCACUACUUCAUUUCUGUAAUAAAAGUUCUCACCUUUAUCUUCUAUCUCUCAGCCCUCUGCUUCUGAUCAUCUAAUUCUUUUCUUGUUUUCGAGUUCACUGCAAUCAAUUUUACUGAAUUUAUAUUUUUGGAUUUCAAAGCUUUUUUUGCUGGUCGCAGUAAAGUAGAGCAAGUUCAAAUUUUUGUUGCUGGACAAAAACUGGAUUGGAUUCCAGGACUUAAGCUUUUACAAAUGAAAAGAAAUUUUGUUUAGCAACAUACGCAUUUUCGGGGAUGGACUCUUUGCUUUUCGUUAUUGUUUGUGAAUGAUGUUCGGUAGGCAGAAGGGUUCUAAUGCUUUCAGCAUAUUUAGAUGGAGAUUGCAUGGUGAAUCCACUUUGACAACAGGCUUGCUUAAGGAUGUGCCUCCUGAGAUUGAACUGUCUGACUAUGGAAGGGUACCCAGUCCUGGUAGUGACAGCCCUUCAGGGCUUCUUAAUGGUGAAGGCUUGAAUGUGGAACCAAUUGCUGAUUUGGACCUGUUCUUUGAAAGGUUGUAUAGUUAUUAUUGCGAGAAAGGGCUUUGGUGCAUUAUUAUAAAGUGGAUUGUUGAACUUUUGAGUUUGGGGUUCACUAUCUGUUUUUCGGGGUUUUUCUUACUAUAUGUUGAUUGGAAUGGUCUUCGUAAUGCCAAGUGUGGGAUGGAUGCUGUUGAAUCUGGAAUUAAGCCCUGUGAUCUUACUAAAGAAGCUCUUCAUGAGCACCCAUUAACCCCUCUUACAAUUUCAAAAGCAAUUAUUGUUGGAUAUUUGGGAUUAUUUUCUAUCUACUGGAUCUUCUGUUUUUUGAGGUUCUUUGCGCAAUUAAGGGACAUUCUUGGGAUCCGUCACUUCUAUUAUAACAGUCUCCAUGUUACAGACAAUGAAAUUCAAACCAUGCAAUGGGCAACAAUUCUUGAAAAGGUUGUACAGUUACAAAGUUCACAGCAACUCUGUGUGGUUAAGGACCUUUCUGCUCAUGAUGUGGUGAUGCGAUUGAUGCGGAAGGAGAACUACUUAACUGGAAUGCUCAAUAAAGGAGUGCUUGCUUUUCCAAUAUCCUCAUGGGUUCCAGGUGCUGGUCCAACUGUAAAAUCUGGAUCAAAUGGAAAACAGUACCGCUUAAUACUAACAAAGACCCUUGAAUGGACCUUAAAUUGGUGCAUUCUGCAGAGCAUGUUUGAUCGAAACUUUUGUGUUAGGAGAGACUUUAUUUCUAAUCCUAAAACCUUAAAGAAAAGGCUUAUGGUAGUUGGGCUUGCAAUGCUUCUCCUUUCACCAUUCCUGGUCAUUUUCAUGCUUGUGUAUCUCUUCCUAAGGCAUGCUGAACAGUUUUAUAAUCAUCCAAGCACAGCAUCGUCUCAAAGAUGGUCAAAUUUGUCAAAAUGGAUUUUCAGGGAAUUCAAUGAGGUUGACCAUUUGUUCAAGCACCGGAUCAAUGGCAGUAUAAUGCUUGCUUCCGAUUAUCUUAAGCAAUUCCCCUCACCUAUUAUUUCAAUUAUUGCCAAGUUCAUAUCUUUUGUUUCUGGAGGCUUUGCUGCUAUCCUGAUUAUCAUUGCAUUUCUGGAGGAGUCUCUACUAGAAGGCCAUAUAUUUGGUCGCAAUUUGUUCUGGUAUGCUGCUGUUUUUGGAACCGUAACAGCCAUCAGCCGGGCUGCAAUUACAGAUGAACUUCUUGUCCUUGAACCAGAGAGGGCUAUGUCUAUGGUGGUCCAACAUACACAUUUUAUGCCAAAGAGAUGGCGGGGCAAAGAAAAUACUGAGACUGUCCAGAGAGAGUUUGAAAACCUAUUUCAGUAUACUGGAAUGAUGUUACUCGAAGAGAUGGCAUCGAUUUUCCUCACCCCAUUCUUGCUUUUAUUUGUUGUUCCAAAGCGGGUGGAUGACAUCCUACAGUUCAUUGCAGAUUUCACAGUGAAUAUUGAAGGUGUUGGCCAUGUGUGCAGUUUUAGUGCUUUUGAUUUUCAAAAUCAUGGCAAUAGCAAUUAUGGUUCGCCUUAUCAUACACCACGCACCCAGAGGAGCUCUCAAGGCAAAAUGGAGAAAUCAUUUUUGAGUUUCCAGAGCAGCUAUCCUUCGUGGGAACCAAAUGCCCAUGGAAAGCAGUUCUUGUCAAAUCUUAGAAAUUUCAGGAAGCAAAAGUUGCAAGGACACGGAUUUGGACUUGUCCAUUCUCAUCCUAGAACGUGGCAAGGAAGCUCCAAUUUGAGAGGCCCUGGAAAUAGAAAUACCCCUUUUUCCAGGGAAAUGCCUCAUUAUACUUCUGGCUUUGAUUUGGGUUCUUUGUGGCUAAUUGAUGAAGACCAAAAGAGUCACCCAUAUCUUCUUGAUUGGUACUAUACCUCGCAGACUUCAACUAAUUAUGGGAGAGACAUUCCAGCAGUACCCUUUGAAGUGACUGAGCAACAUCCUGGAGAUCAUUGGAUGGAGCCCAACUUAACGCAAAAUGAGGCUAUAUAUGAUGAUGAGCGUUGGCGUCACCAUCAUGAAGAUCGAACAGAAUCUCACUUGGGGGCUUCCACAUCUACUCCUUUCUUUCGAGAGAGUAUACUUCAGCAACAUGAUGUCAGCAGCUUUGCACAUUCCAAUAGGAGUCAUUGGUGGGCCAGAAGUAGCCGACCUAGUGCACAGCCUCAGACAAGUUUUCUAGAGCCUCCAGAUUUCAACCGCUUCACUUCAGAUAAUUUCUAUGAUAAUUUUUCAGAGAGAAGCUUAGAGGAGCAAGAACACUUGAAUUGGAGGAGUUCUCACAGGUUGUCACAAACAACUUACUUGGAUGAUGACCUUGAAGCAGGAGAAAAUAUAAAUCUUCAUUUUGAUGAUAUUUAUAGUAGACCACCUGAGACUCCGACCGAAUACCGAGAGCCUCCAAGCUUUUGAAUUUGCUUUUCAAUUACGUCAGUAGUUAAGAGGAUACUUGUUUCAAGUAUGUGGGAUGCAUACAGGUUUCCAAGAACCGAUUGGUUUCUUUUAUACACGUAAAAAGGAAACUCUGUAUUCUUUGAUGUAUAUAGAUUCAUUAUGAGGUUAGAAUCUGAAUUAGACCCUCAACUCGAUUUAGAAGGUUGCAUAUUCCAAAUAGUCAUUGCAAACCUUCUGAAACUGUAAAAACAAUUAAAAUCUGUUGAUACAUUCCAAAUCUAAUUUCAUUCAAUUUAUUCUUUCGUUUGUGUUCC